AUGCUGCCCUUCCGGUGCUGCGUGCCCCGUGCCCUGGGCUCCGCUGUGUCCGGCCUCCGCCCCGCCGCGCCCUCCCAGCAGCUCCGGCAGCUGCUGCAGCCAGCGCCUCGGCUGUUCGCCCGGCCCUUCGGGCUGCUCAGCGUGCGCGCGGGCUCGGCUAGGCGGACCAGCCUCCUGGGACAGCGCGGGCCCUGCGCUUGCGGCUGUGGCUGUGGUGCCCUGCACACUGAAGGAGACAAAGCUUUUGUUGAGUUCCUGAGUGAUGAAAUUAAGGAAGAGAAGAAGAUCCAGAAGCAUAAGUCCCUCCCCAAGGUGUCUGGAGGUUGGGAACUGGAAGUGAAAGGGACAGAAGCUAAAUUAGUGCGGAAAGUUGCUGGGGAAAAGAUUACCGUCACUUUCAACAUUAACAAUAGCAUCCCACCAACAUUUGAUGGGGAGGAGCCCUCACAAGGGCAGAAAGUUGAAGAACAAGAGCCUGAACUGACGUCCACUCCCAAUUUUGUGGUUGAAGUUACAAAGAGUGAUGGCAAGAAGGCCCUUGUGCUAGACUGCCAUUAUCCAGAGGAUGAGGUUGGACAAGAAGAGGAAGAGGAGAAUGACAUUUUCUCCAUCAGGGAAGUGAGUUUUCAAUCCACUGAUGAGUCUGACUGGAAUGACACUAAGUACACACUCAAUACCGAUUCCCUGGACUGGGCCCUCUAUGACCACUUAAUGGAUUUCCUUGCGGACAGAGGGGUGGACAACACUUUUGCAGAUGAGUUGGUGGAGCUCAGCACAGCCCUGGAACACCAGGAGUACAUUGCUUUCCUAGAAGACCUCAAAAGUUUUGUCAAGAGCCAGUAG